UUUCAAAAUUUCGAGCGCGAUCAUCGGUUUCACUUACUGUGAUGUGAAUAAUUAAUUAUUAUUUUGGUGUACGAGUGUUUUUGUGUGUGGUUUGUGCCUUUGUUUAUUUAGAUUUCUUGGAUUAUUUAUAACUUGCGAACAACAUGGGAGAGUUCCAAAGGAGCCCCAGCAAAGUCUGGUGGGGCAGCGAGGCCCUGGAAUGGCGUGAACACUCGGCCAGUCCCGGAAGCCAAGACUCCGGGUUUUCGGACACCGAAAGCUCCAACAACUCCGAAAACCAACAAAAGAAGGAAACCCCAGCCAAACGCAUACCCAAGGAGAUCUUCAAAGAACUGAAAUCCGACGAGAACUUGUCCAGCAACUUCAAGGAAAAGACUACGCCCAGCAAAGUACUACUCAACGGCACCACCCGCCUGGCAAAAACCGAAAUUAAGAAAGACCCACUCCCGGUGGGCACCAACAGUGAGCCCAGCAAGAAGCACAGGUACACGAAACAUUCACCCAAAGUCAGCCGGAACUUGUUCAACACGAAACCGAAGGAAUCCUCGAGGAACGCGACGGAUAAUCAGUAUGCAGGCGACGUCACCACGAACACAUGCGACGACAGCAUCGAAUUACAAACCCAGAGUUUACCCAUCGUCGAAUCGGACAAGUACUUCGUCCGUGUCGUUAACAAAUCGGCGCCGCCCGACCUGGACGCGGAGGAUGAGGCGGUCACCUCCUUCAACAGUCUGUCCAGCGAUGACGAGAGCGAGCUCGAGUGUCUCUUCGGUCCGGACUCCCCCAAGCACACGUCCACGCCCAAGGCGCCGAACAUGAGGCACUUCAGGCAGAAGCUGCCCUUGAAUCUCUAUCUCAAAUACCAGGAGGAGAGGGUACCACCGAUAAAAACAGAAACUGACUUACCAGACAACAAGGCGGUACUGAAGUGGAUGGAGGAGGCUAAGUACAGCUACGAACAGGAGUGCAUGACAACCCUCCAAUGUAAAUCGAUAAUGAGUGACCUGGGGCACAAGGUGUCCCAACUGGCCGCCGCCACCACCGAAAACAUCCGCGACAUCCUGCAGCACGCCCGGACCAUCGAACUUGAGUACCAAAACCUCAACAGUGAGACAAUCCACCUGGAGCCCCUGAUACAAAGCCUGGCGGGCAACAUUUUGGACUUCCUCAAACGCCACACUCAGCACAUCAGCUCCAACAUCUUAGUCCUGCACGACACCAUCAAAAAACCAAAGACGGUGGAAACCCUGAAGCUGGUGUCCAAGUUGUUCACCUCCUGGCAGGACGUCUUGUCCGAGUUACUAACGUCAGCAGUCAAAGACCUAGUUGACAAGCUCGAGUGCCCCAAAUCCGACCUAGACCUAAGAGCCACCACCACAGGGAUCACUUCCAUAGCCCUGCGACACGAAGAACUCAUCGAAACCUUCACAAAGCUGGACGUGAUCCCCAUAUUGGUGAUCCUGUGCGAGAAGUGCGAGGGCUCAUCCCUCAGGAGUCUCCUGCUCCGCUCCCUGACGACGAUGUGCAUGAACGCCUCGGCGGUACGGCAGUUCGAAAAGUACUCGGGGGUGGAACUGAUUGCUGAUACGGUAGAGGAGGAGUCCAGGCCUGAGCCGGAACGUUCGGAGGCCGUGGCUCUGUUGGCCCAGGUCACCGCCCCUUGGAUCGAGGACAACCACAACGUCAAGGGCCUGGCCGAGUACUCCCACCGACUGGUGGAGUCGUUGACUAAGUUUGCGGGUGCCACCAAGUGUUGCCAGAACUUGCUCCUGUGUGCUGCCGCCUUAGCCAACCUCUCCUCGAUGGACCCCACCAGCAUCAUCUACAUGGUGGAGGCCGGUACCAUCGAUGUGUUUUUGAUGGCUGUUAAAGUACGGGGACCCGGGGCUUCGUUGUAUUUGCUGGAGCAGGUCGCCACUUUGAUAGCGAACAUGUCGGCUGUGGAGUCGGCCAGGAGGCACCUCAGCCAACUGGACACGUCGGCCGCCUUGUUGUACUGCCUGCAGGCGUGCAGGUCCGGCGAGGACGUCGAGAGGAGGCUGCAGCAGAAGACGAUGAUCGCCCUGUCCAGGCUGUGCGGAGACCCGGACGUCGCCGGACAGAUUGUCAGCAUGGGGGGCGUGGACAAGUUGGUGAACAUGUGCAGGGAGAAGAAGGACCGAUUCGACAGCGACGCCGUCUUGGUCGCCGCUCUGGCGACUCUACGUAAAAUCGUAGACAUCUGCGGCACCGACAUAUUGAGUGCCCAGGACGCCCAAGAGUUGGUUGAACCGAAGCUGUUGGACUCGUUUUUGGCAUACUCGACGCAAAACGAAAGCUACGUCUAGAUGCCAAAAGACAAACCUUCUUGUGAAUCUGUACGUUGAUGUGUUCCCUUACAAAUUUGUUACAGUACUUCAAACUUACAGUUAAUACAUAAUUUCACACAUUUUUCUUACAUAUUAUUAUGUAAAUUUAUUAAUUAUAUUAAUUUUUAGUACUGUAAUAAAAAUACUUUCUAGUCUCAAAUACAUUUUAUGUAUUAUAUAAUUUAGAACCAAUAAGUUUCCCCUGAAUAUAUUAUACAAUAUAUUCUUACAGGAUUAACUGAAUCAACUAAAUGAUUUACAUACUACAAAACUACAAACAUAUGUAAAUCCUUUAAUUAUAAACUUGGUUCUAAUUUAUGUACUUUUCCAGUAUUUGUAAUAAUUACAAUUUAUACUAGUUAUAGUUUGUUUAUUAGUAUUAAACACUAAUUAUUUAUUAACAAUUUUAUGCCAAUUGUAUAAUUUGAGAAUAUAUUAACUUUUAUAAAUGUUUAUUGUUUUCUUUAUUUAUUUAUGAUAUUUUAAUUGACCAUGUAUAAUAAUUAUUAUUUUUAAAAUGCGUUUAAAUUUUAUGUUUUCUACUUAAGG